ACGAAGGCUGUGCACUUUUUGGAGUCAAGGGAAUGGUGUAUGUGUUGUGUCAGUUUUAAUAUCAUAUUUUAGCUGUUUUAUUAUUACUGAAGCAGUUUUACGUAGUGGUGAUUAUUUUUUAAGCCAUCAUCAACGUUUUAGUUGUAAAAUCAAUACACCCAUUCGUUUAAUUCAAGACUAAUUAAUGUGUCUGCUUGCCUAUGUCCCUGCGUUGUAGGCUAUAACGUAUCUAUCCAACAUUUCUUGAAGAAUAUUGACAGCUAAUUGAAAAUGCCUCUUUUUGGAAAAUCGACCAAGAGCCCUGCAGAGGUGGUGAAGGCUCUGAAAGAGGCUGUGAAUGCUCUAGAAAGAGGGGACAAAAAGGCUGAAAAAGCUCAGGAAGAUGUCAGCAAGAACCUGGUGCUGAUCAAGAACAUGCUGUAUGGCACCAACGACGCAGAACCGCAGACUGACAUCAUCGUGGCGCAGCUUGCACAGGAGCUAUACAACAGCAAUCUAUUGCUCAUGUUGAUACAGAACCUCAGCCGGAUUGAUUUUGAGGGCAAGAAGGACGUGGCCCAAGUGUACAACAACAUACUGCGGCGACAGAUCGGUACAAGGUCGCCAACUGUUGAGUACAUCUGCACCAAACCUGAGAUUCUCUUCACAUUGAUGAACGGAUACGAACACCAAGAAAUAGCUCUGAACUGUGGAACCAUGCUACGAGAGUGUGCCAGAUACGAAGCGCUAGCGAAAAUUAUGCUGCAUUCCGAAGAUUUUUUUAACUUUUUCCGAUACGUUGAAGUUUCUACUUUUGACAUUGCUUCUGAUGCUUUCUCCACCUUCAAGGAACUGUUGACGAGGCACAAGUUGCUGUGUGCUGAGUUCCUGGAGCUGAACUACGACAAGGUGUUCUCGCACUACCAGCGGCUGCUCAACUCGGAGAACUACGUCACUCGUAGACAGUCGCUCAAACUGCUCGGGGAGCUGCUGCUCGACAGGCACAACUUCACGGUGAUGACAAAGUAUAUUUCAAACCCCGACAAUCUCAAGCUGAUGAUGAACAUGCUUAAAGAAAAGUCAAGAAAUAUUCAGUUUGAAGCAUUUCAUGUGUUCAAGGUGUUUGUUGCCAAUCCCAAUAAACCCAAGCCAAUCUUGGAUAUUCUGCUGAGAAAUCAAGACAAACUGGUAGAAUUCCUCACGCGCUUCCACACAGAUCGUUCAGAAGAUGAACAGUUCAACGAUGAGAAGGCAUACUUGAUAAAACAGAUAAAAGAGUUAAAACCUCUUCCAGAACACUAACACUAGGAAGUUUUCCUGCCAACUCCCGUCUUGUACAGUAUUGCACAUGUAUAGUUAAACACGCCUCCUUCUCUAUGCGGGAAUGUUACUUCUUUUACAAUUCCUUAUGUUUACAAUUUUCUUAAAAAUGUCAGCUCUAAAUUAGAGUAAAAUCUGGCUGAAGGGUUUAGACACCUUAUCAGUUGUUCAUUCAUCGUAUUCGCAUUAUACAUUUUAGGUAUAUUCUGUUAAGUUUUUAUUUAUUUGUUUCUUUGUUUAUUUCUUCUUCCAUGGUAAACCGACAGUUCAAUAAACAUCUACGGCCAAAUUUUGUUGUAUAUAGUUAUACCCGAAUCUGUAUAGCUGUUUAUAGGAAGAUUUAAGACUUUUGUUAUUUGUAGAGGUUUUAAGAAUUUCACCAUGUUAGCACUAUAGACUUAUGUUUCAAUUAUAAGAUAGUAUGUUCCUUAUAAAAGAUUUAGUUUAAGUUGGUUCUCUUUCCUCUUAGAGGAAAUUUUCAUUUGUUUUCCAGACAGAAUAGAUUUUUUCUGGUGCUGAAAAUGAUAGCUUAAAGAUCGGAAAAUGUGUAAAUACAAUAAUUUCAAUAUGAUUCGGAUCUAUUCAAAAGUUCUUUUAUCUACCGAUUCUUGUAAAUUUAAAAAAAGUAUUUUAUCAGCUCCAUAUACAUAUUUUUCAAACAAUCUUUUUCGUGUUCUGUUAAAAAGUAUGGUAACAUCCUGAUUAUUAUCAGUUUUAAUAAAAAUAAAAGUUGAUUAUUAUUUUUAGUUAUUUAUUUUCCUGUUAAUGGCUGCUUUAAUGAGUUUACACCACAACAAAAUAGUUAAAUGAGUUCAUGUCUCUUGUGUUUUUAAUAGUUUCAAUCCAAAUCAAACAAUACUGUCAAAGAGGACAAAUCUGUAAAUUGUUCACAAAUAUAGUGUUUUCCUGCUCAUUAAAAUUGUGUAAACUUCAUAAUUUUAAAUAUCUAACAACAGAACUCUUUAUUGUUUAUCUCAGAUUGUCUAAAAAACUGUCCUUUCUCUCAUUAAUGAGGUUGAAACUCAUGAUCAAAUUGUGUAUACAUUAUACAAAAACUAUAUAAAAGCUAUUUUAAUACUUCUGAGUGACCUUAAACAUUUCAAUAGGAGUUAUUUUUAUCAAUUUCUCAGAUUUUUUAUUCAAGUGAUUUAUAACUAUUAAAUAUUUCUGGUAAUGUAUUCUUGUUUUUACUGUUUUGUAUUUUUGUUGUCUGUUAAAAAAUUGUUUUAACUAUAUUAUUAAAACUUCCGUUCAGCAAUA